GUUCGAAAAAACUGCGCUGGGCGACUCCACAGCAUAGGUACGGUAACUAUGGGUGGUUAGGAGGUCAGCACUUUCUUACAUAGAUAUGGCCGCAGCUCUCUGCCUUACAUACAGAGUUAUCCAUCUCAUCGGUUGGCACCGCCUCUGAGUCUUCGUCACUUUACAUAUCAGCUACAGUCUUCAGACGACACUGCCAUCCUGACGCUCGCGAGGGUAAGGUGCCAUAUCUGAGUAUAUAUCUAGAGGACCUUGCUCCCGGUUUGCGGCGUCCAUCUAACUACCACCUCCAUACCCCCGACACUGCGCCGUCGCGAUGUCGAAAUUCUACCGCCUCUUCCACGUCACGCAGCCGUUCGAUGUUACGAACCGCUUCCAGACGUCGUACGUGCUGCCGCCGGGCGUGCUCGCGUGCGUGCGCCUCCUGAUCUGCGUCUACAUCUUCACCACCAAUGUCUACCGAUUGGUGCGCGCGCGUGUUGCUGGCGAUACCACGCAGAUCGAGCAGCAUUGGAGCUUUUUCACCAAUAUCACUUACUGGUCAAUGGGGUUCUAUUUCUUGUUUGCGGGGUUCCAUGGACUCGUCUACUCCAGGAGGGGGAUUGCGCCGUUGCAGACUUGGCCGAGGAUCCUCCAGCUGUUCCAUGGUGUUUUGUGGACUACUAUGUGUAGUUAUUCCCUCGUAGUUACUAUCGUUUAUUGGGGUUUGCUCGCCGAUGCGUCGUCGUUCGCGAAUACAUACACCUCGUGGUCCAACAUCUCCGUGCACAUGAUGAACACUGGAUUCUCGCUCUUCGAGAUCUUCAUUAGCCGAGUCGAGCGGCCCCCGUGGAUCCACCUGGUCUUCAACGUCCUCUUCCUAGCGUGCUACUUGGGCUUGGCCUAUGUUACGCACGCCACGCAGAACUUCUACACGUACGACUUCCUCGAUCCCACCAAUGGCGCCGGCUCGUUGGUGGGGUACAUCUUUGGCAUCUUCGUGGCCAGCUGCGUUCUCUUCCUCGUCGUGUGGCUGUUGGUUUGGUUCCGCGAAUGGUUCUCGACUCGCGUGCUGCGCCUGGAGGGGAAGUUGGCACGCAAUCACAUGGCCGGCGAAAGGGUGAACUACAAGGAGGGGACUCGGAUGACGGAAAACAUGGCAUAGGGCGGAGAGUGGAGGGCUUCUUUUUGGUUCCUGGUUUCAGCGGUAUUGUUUUGAGUAGGGGCUUUGGUGGUGUUGUUCUGGUUAUGGGCUUUGGUGGUAUAUAUUGUUCGUUGCUGUCUGUACAUUGUAUCUCCCACUUACUUACUCUAAUGAUUAUGGGCGGAUGUACGGGUCGUUUUCAGGGCUUUUUUUACCCUUGCGAGCAAAGUCAACGGAUCUAGGUACUCUACUUCUCUACUUUAUUGCCAUGCUUACUCCGUACUGGUUCGUUUGUGUUUUUCUCUCGAGCGGGGUAAAUGUAAUUAUUCCGCGGCAUUUUGGGCCGAUGAAGGCCAAUGGUCUGGUGGAAAGCGACCACGGGCACGCACGGACAGUUGUCGUCACAUGCCCCACAGGGCUGGCUACUUAUGCUGGCCUUCCCCGCAAAAUAAGGC